UGACGUAGCGGAAGUCCGCUCUCCGGGCCCAAAUGGCGGCCGGGCCCGGAGCCAUGGAGGGGGACUGGCUGUUCGACUCGCUGCGCCUGUACAAGGAUCUCCACGCCUUCGAGCUGCAGGGGCCCACGCGAGCCAUCGAGUGGACAGGAGACAAGAGUAUCUGUGUCGCGGGGUGUGAGCAUCAGAAAAAGAAUGAGAUUCUCCAGCUCCUUCUCCCCCCUAAACUCUGUGCUCAGGAGAAGCAGGGCUUGUGCCCGGACAGAGACUUCAGGGUGGAGCGUGGAGGCUUCUCGGGCCGGCCGGUGUACAACCUGAAACGUAUACCAGACUCCAGGCUGCUGGUUACGAGCGGCCCCCCGGGCGGUGCCCUGCAAGUCUGGGAAAUGGCGGAGGACAGUGAUGUCAUCCGAGCCGCGAGCACCGUCGGCACCGGGGCGGCCGCCGGGGGCCCGUGGCCCAGGAUCGCCGCCACCGUCGGCCGGGCCCCCGGGGUGGUCCACGGGGCCAGACUCAGCGACGUGCAGGUCACCGAGGUGGAGUCGCGGGCCGUCGUCUUCAGGGCAGGGCUGAGCGGCGACGACGAAGUGAGCAGUCUCCAGGUCCUGGACGCGGACACCUUCCUCCUCUGCUCUGCGUCGGGGAGGCUCGGCCUGCUGGACCUCCGCCAGGCCCCGGGGACCCCGGCGAGCCUGGGACCCGUCCCCGGGCCCGCCGGGGAGCGCUGGUGCGCUGGGGCCCGCGACCGGGCCGGGGGCGGCGCGGGCGGCCCGGACCCCGCCGUCGCCAGCCUCUCCUCGGGAGGGCAGCUGCGGAUCACCGACCUGCGGAACCCGCGGCGGCCCGCGUGGCGGGCCCGCCGCCCGGGGACCGCCGUGCCCGGCGCGGACGGGGAGCUGCUGCAGGUGACCUGGGCUCCGGCUCUGGACGGCUGCCUGGCUGUUUCAGGGCUCGAUGGCACCGUCGAAGUCUACGACACCACGGCCGCCCCAGGGGACGGAGCGGAGCCGCUGUUCGUGCACAGGGGUCACCUCUUCAUGGCCCCCGACGGCCCAGGGGAGAUCCCGCCGCCGGUCACUGCCCACACCUGGCACCCCUGGCGCCCCAGAACGCUGCUGUCGGCGGCCGCCGACGGCUCCCUGCACGUGUGGGACUGGACGGACCCUCGGGCCGCCGGCUGACGUGGCCUCCCGCUCCCGGCGGGAGGGAGGAAGGAGCUGGGCCCGCUCCCCGAGAGGGUGGGCGUCCUCCUCCUGCCACCUGGGGCCCACCGACCCCGGAGCCCAGGAGUCCCAUCUCCGUCCCCUGCCUCGGUCCCGGGACGUGAAAUCCAGCUGAAGGGCGGGACCCCCGUUCCGGGCUCGGGUCGGGGUGGGCGGGCCGGGCCCCAGAGCCAGCCCCUGCCCUGGCAGCGGUGGCGACGGAGGGCAGCAACCCUCCCGGCCCCUGAGGAGCACGCGGAAGCCGCUUGCUCUGGGCGGCAACUGGGCCGCGGUCACCCGGCACCUCCGGUCCUGAGCUCGGAGCCCCCCGCCGCCGCCGCCGCCGCCGGAGUGAGGUUGGUCAAGGGGCGUCGCUGGAGGAGGGAGCCUGAGCGGACUCGGCCCGGGUCCAGCGCAGGGGCAGGAGCCGAGGCCUCCGACCCUCACGCCGUGGACCUCGCUCCCCCUCGUGCCCAAGGGUCUGACUACCCUCGCCUCGAAUAAACGGUCUCCAGCGUA